GAAAAACCAGGAAGUGAAGUCCCCGAGCACGUUAGAAGCCGGUCAUGGCCUGACUCCUGACUCGGGGCUGUUGAGACAGGGGCUGACGGCUCAGAACUGGGGACCUUCGGCCUGCAGGGAUGCUCUGAAGCCCCCCUGUCCCUGGAGGAACCAGGGGUGAGAGGAGAGGACAGGGGCUCACGUGCCAGGAAGAAUUCUGAGCCAGGAGGCCCCAUUCGCUGGAAGCACUGAGAGAUGCGAGGCCCUGGCAGGGUCUGAAUUUACUGCUGCUGCCAUUCACAAAGAUGCUUUUUAUUUUUAACUUCUUGUUUUCCCCACUUCCAACCCCGGCACUGCUCUGCAUCCUGACCUUUGGAGCUGCCAUCUUCCUGUGGCUAAUUAACAGACCUCAGCCAGUCUUGCCGCUUGUAGAUCUGAACAACCAGUCAGUGGGAAUCGAGGGAGGAGCGCGGAGAGGUCCUUGCCAGAAAAACAACGACCUAAUACGUUACUACUACUCGGAUGCCAAGACAAUGUAUGAACUUUUCCAGAGAGGACUUGCUGUGUCUGACAAUGGGCCUUGCUUGGGAUAUAGAAAACCAAACCAGCCCUACAGAUGGCUGUCCUACAAACAGGUGUCUGAUCGAGCAGAGUACCUGGGCUCCUGUCUCUUGCAUAAAGGAUACAAGCCAUCACCAGACCACUUCAUUGGCAUCUUUGCUCAGAAUAGGCCAGAGUGGGUCAUCUCCGAGUUCGCUUGUUACACGUACUCCAUGGUGGCUGUCCCCUUGUAUGACACCUUGGGAGCAGAAGCCGUCAUAUACAUCGUCAACAAGGCUGAUAUCGCCACGGUGAUCUGUGAUACGCCCCAGAAGGCAUCAGUUCUGAUUGAGAACGUGGAGAAGGGCCUCACCCCAGGCCUGAAACUGAUCAUCCUCAUGGAUCCCUUUGAGGACGACCUGAAGCAGAGAGGAGAGAAGUGUGGAGUUGAGAUCUUAUCCCUGUUUGAUGCCGAGAAUCUAGGCAAAGAGAACUUCAGAAAACCGGUGCCUCCUGCCCCAGAGGACCUGAGCAUCAUCUGCUUCACCAGUGGGACCACAGGUGACCCCAAAGGAGCCAUGAUAACCCAUGAAAAUGUUGUUUCAAAUGUUGCUGCUUUUCUCAAAUUUAUGGAGUAUUCUUUCGAGCCCACCCCUGAGGAUGUGGCCAUAUCCUACCUCCCCUUGGCUCAUAUGUUUGAGAGGGUUGUACAGGCUGUUGUGUUCUCUUCUGGAGCCAAAGUUGGUUUCUUCCAAGGAGAUAUUCGGUUGCUGCCUGAUGACAUGAAGACUCUGAGGCCCACGUUGUUUCCCGCAGUGCCGCGACUCCUUAACAGGGUCUACGACAAGGUGCAAAAUGAAGCCAGGACACCCUUGAAGAAGUUCUUGUUGAACUUGGCCAUUUCCUGUAAACUCAGUGAAGUGAAAAGGGGUAUCAUCAGACGCGACAGCUUCUGGGACAAGCUCAUCUUUUCAAAGAUCCAGGAGAGCCUGGGCGGGAAGGUUCGCUUUCUGGUCACCGGAGCCGCGCCCAUCUCCUCUCCCGUCUUGACGUUCCUCCGGGCAGCGAUGGGAUGUCCGGUGUUUGAAGCUUAUGGUCAAACAGAAUGCACUGCUGGCUGUACAAUUACAUCACCUGGGGACUGGACAUCAGGCCACGUCGGUGUCCCCAUGGGUUGCAACCAUGUGAAGCUGGAAGAUGUGGCCGACAUGAACUACUUUUCAGUGAACAACGAAGGAGAGAUCUGCAUCAAGGGCGUCAAUGUGUUCAAAGGAUACCUGAAGGACCCCGAGAAGACGGAAGAGGCCUUGGACAAGAAUGGCUGGCUUCACACAGGAGACAUCGGUCGCUGGCUCCCGAAUGGGACUCUGAAGAUCAUUGACCGAAAAAAGAACAUUUUCAAGCUGGCCCAAGGAGAGUACAUUGCUCCCGAGAAGAUAGAAAAUGUCUACAUCAGGAGCAGCCCGGUGUUGCAGAUUUUUGUACAUGGGGAAAGCUUACGGUCAGUCCUAGUGGGAGUGGUGGUUCCUGACCCAGAUGUGCUUCCCUCGUUUGCAGCCAAACUUGGGGUGAAGGGCUCUUUUGAGGAACUGUGCCAAAGCCAGGUAAGUCUCCCUUAGGAAAGCUUAAUGCAC